AAAAGAGUCAAAGAAAACUGCAUUUCAAUUUUAUCUUUUCUUCUUCGAUUAGUCUCCAGCCAGAUCGAUCCAUCGAAUUCAGAGUGAGCAACAUUGAUUGAUGGGUACAUCAUCUGGUUCUAACAUCUACCAGCAGCAUUCAUCAAAGAUGCUACCUCCACGUCAACAACCACGGGCAGGGGGCAUACAGACUUCACUGUCUUUAGUUUCUUCAGAUCAUCACCAAUCCCCUGAUGCACAGGAACCCAGAUCAAACUCAGAUAACAUUCGUGAGUCCCCAACUGAGAGUGCCAGCUCAAGAGAGACUUGGCCUACUGCUGAUGCUCUAGUGGCAGCCAAGGUGGAGAAUGGGAAAGUAGAGAAUGAUUGCCCUGAGCAGUCAGUCAUCCGUCGUGUUUCCAGUGCAGAGAAGAUAUCACUUAGGGACAUAGCAAGAGAAAGAGUUGAUAUGAUUGCUGAAAAAAUGCAUCGUUUGUCUGAGGAGUUUCUGGAUGAGCUAAAGAUUCAACUUAGAAACAUGCUUGAAGGGAAUGGUGGCUCACAGAACAGAGAGGAAUUUUUGGUUCUGCAGAAGUUUGUUCAGAGUAGGUCUGAUUUAACAGCAAAGACAUUGAUUAGAGCCCACAGGGCACAGCUUGAACUCCUUGUUGCAAUAAAUACGGGAAUUCAGGCAUUCUUGCACCCAAACAUCAGUUUAUCUCAAACUUCUCUCAUUGAGAUCUUUGUAUACAAGAGAUGCAGAAAUAUAGCAUGCCAGAACCAGCUUCCAGCCGAUGACUGUACCUGUGAAGUAUGUACUAAUAGGAAUGGAUUCUGCAAUCUUUGCAUGUGUGUUAUCUGCAACAAAUUUGAUUUUGAAGUGAAUACAUGCCGCUGGAUUGGUUGUGAUUUGUGUUCCCACUGGACUCACACUGAUUGUGCGAUUCGUGAUGGACAAAUUUGUAUGGGUCCUUCUGUUAAGAGUGGAUCAGGUCCAGCUGAAAUGCUUUUUAGGUGCCGAGCAUGCAACCGAACAUCUGAGCUAUUGGGUUGGGUUAAAGAUGUGUUUCAACACUGUGCUCCAGCCUGGGAUCGUGAGGCUCUCAUGAGAGAACUUGAUUUUGUUAGUAGGAUCUUCCAUGGAAGUGAAGACCCCAGAGGGAGGAAACUCUUUUGGAAAUGUGAUGAUCUCAUGGAUAAAAUGAAGAGUGGGAUGGCAGAGUCCACUGCUUGCAGAAUGAUAUUAACGUUUUUUCAAGAGCUUGAAGUGGACUCUCCAAAGAGUCUAGAAAACGGGGAAGGGGUGAGGCUGAUAGCACCACAAGAGGCAUGCAAUCGAAUAGCUGAGGUGGUGCAUGAGGCUAUAAGGAAGAUGGAAUUGGUGGCUGAUGAGAAGAUGAGGAUGUUUAAGAAAGCUCGCAUGGCUCUUGAUACUUGUGACCGGGAGCUUGAAGAGAAGGCCAAGGAAGCGACUGAACUGAAGCUUGAGAAGCAAAAAAAGAGGUCACAAAUAGAAGAACUAGAGAGAUUUGUGAGGCUUAAACAGGCUGAGGCUGAUAUGUUUCAGCUUAAGGCCAAUGAGGCAAAACGAGAGGCUGAGAGGCUCCAGCAGAUCGCUCUUGCCAAGUCAGAUAAAUCAGAGGAAGAAUAUGCUAGCAGUUACCUGAAACUCCGUUUAAGUGAGGCGGAGGCUGAGAAGCAAUAUCUAUUUGAGAAGAUAAAACUGCAAGAGAGUUCACGUGCAUUGCAGGGUGGCAGUGGGGGUGAUCCUUCCCAGGUUUUGAUGUAUUCCAAAUUCCAUGAUCUGCUCCAUGGGUAUAAUAUAUCCUCUAAGACAGAUUCCCAGCCAAAUGAGCGCCGCCCUUUUAGGACAAAUCCCUGAGGCAUCCUCUGUAAGAUGUUGAAUAUUAAAGUUAGCCAUGCUAUUUAGGAAUAUUACUUUAUCUACUAGUGUGAAUGCAAUGUUAUUGCUUCUUUUGAUUUCUGAAUGUAACAUUGGUUAAACUGUUUCUUUUCCUGCAGAAGUACCAAGUAUUUGUAAACCUAUUUUAUUUUUCAGUGUUUCUAGAUGUUAUAUCUUAUGCACAUUUUUUUUUU